CCAAGCGGGAGGGCGCUAACCUCUUCCUGGCCUAGUGCCUCCGGGGCGCCUAGCGCAGCGCUCACAUGACCAGCGCCCGCUCAUUGGGGAAACCUCUGCCCUAACUCCACCCACAACUAAGCGAGGCGCACCUGAAUUUCCUUGAGUCCAACCGACACAUUUCAGCUGACCGACUGCUAUCGUCGACAUCGCAGGUUCACCCAACGACACCGUCCGUCACCUUUUUACGAAGCCCUCCCUCGACAACAGGUGUCAAUAUGUCUGAUCACGGGGAAGUCGAGGUCGAAAGCCCCGUUGCGGCUUUCCAGGUCCUGCCCAAGGAUGUUCUCGCCGAGCAGGGUGCCGUCAAGCUCUUCAACAAGUGGAGCUACGAGGAUGUUGAGAUCAGGGAUAUCUCCUUGACCGACUACAUCCAGAUCCGCUCCCCUGUCUACCUUCCUCACACCGCCGGUCGCUAUGCCGCCAAGCGUUUCCGCAAGGCUCAGUGCCCCAUCAUCGAGCGUCUGACCAACUCGCUCAUGAUGAACGGCCGCAACAACGGCAAGAAGCUCAUGGCCGUCCGCAUCGUCGCCCACGCUUUCGAGAUCAUCCACAUCAUGACCGACCAGAACCCUCUCCAGGUCGCCGUCGACGCCAUCGUCAACUGCGGUCCCCGUGAAGACAGCACCCGUAUUGGUUCCGCCGGUACCGUCCGUCGCCAGGCCGUUGAUGUGUCUCCUCUCCGCCGUGUCAACCAGUCCAUCGCUCUCUUGACCAUCGGUGCCCGUGAGGCCGCUUUCCGUAACAUCAAGAGCAUUGCCGAGUGCUUGGCUGAGGAGCUGAUCAACGCUGCCAAGGGUAGCUCCAACUCUUACGCCAUCAAGAAGAAGGACGAGCUCGAGCGUGUUGCCAAGAGCAACCGGUAAAGGGGUAAUUUUGGGCGUAUUCUCCGUUUGGUUCUGGUUUUAUGUGUGCUGGAGUGGACGGGGGGUUUAUUAGGAUUCAGUCGAUUUGCAUGCAUCUGCGCGACUGUAUAUACCUGAAGACAGUCAACGGGAGGGAGCAACAUCCAAAACAAAAAAAAGGAAAAAUCGGACGGCUUUCUUCUACAGUAGUUGAGAUGCGAUCAUGAAGACCUCAAGGCUUUUUUCAUUAAAGUCGGCACCUUUAGGAUUUUUUUUACAUGAAAAAGAUAUCUUUUUGUUCUCUGAAAGUCUCGCCAUCAUUUUCAGUGACAGUAGGUAUUGGGACCUGUUUUGCCGACUGGUCUGGCCGAUCUCUUGAUGCGAUAAGAGACGAGGCAAGUAACGAAUUCAAAAUGACGAAUACCUAAUAUUCAUCCCAAGUGCAGUAGAAGAAAGAAAGUAAAGUAAUUGCUAUCAUUCAUAUGACGGAAGUAUAUGCAGCCCAGACUCGUCGGUCCCUCAGCCGUGAGAACUCGAUCGCUUAUCGAUAGGC